AUUAUCGGAUGCGCGCAGAAAAGAAAGAGGGAAUUCGAGCGUACAACAAUAUCAGCUGUGUUUUGGAGCCUUUCCAAAUAAUAUAAAUUAGCUAGCUAGUUUGCGACCUUGCUUUCCACAAAACCUACGGGUGACCUACGAGUGUAGUGGUCCCUGAAACCCAAACAUGGCGGAUAAAGAAGUGUAUGACGAUGCAGUGGAGGAGCGGGUGAUCAAUGAAGAAUACAAGAUAUGGAAGAAGAACACUCCAUUCCUAUAUGACCUGGUAAUGACACAUGCGCUGGAGUGGCCAAGCCUCACUGUGCAGUGGCUACCUGACGUCAACAGGCCAGAGGGAAAGGACUAUGCGGUGCACAGACUGGUCCUGGGAACUCACACAUCAGAUGAGCAGAAUCACCUUGUCAUCGCCAGCGUUCAAGUGCCCAAUGACGACGCCCAGUUUGAUGCGUCCCACUACGACAGUGAGAAAGGAGCCGAGUUUGGAGGUUUUGGAUCAGUGAGUGGAAAGAUAGAGAUUGAAAUCAAGAUAAACCAUGAGGGGGAGGUGAACCGGGCACGUUACAUGCCCCAGAACCCCUGCAUUAUUGCCACCAAGACCCCCACAUCAGACGUGUUGGUUUUUGAUUACACCAAGCACCCUUCUAAACCAGACCCCAGCGGUGAGUGCAGUCCCGACCUGCGCCUACGAGGUCACCAAAAGGAGGGGUACGGCCUAUCCUGGAACCCCAACCUCAGUGGCAACCUCCUCAGUGCUUCUGACGAUCAUACAAUCUGCCUGUGGGAUAUUGGUGCUGGACCAAAGGAGGGGAAGAUAGUGGACGCUAAGACCAUCUUCACUGGACACACUGCUGUAGUGGAGGACGUUUCCUGGCACCUGCUUCAUGAGUCAUUGUUUGGCUCUGUGGCUGACGACCAGAAACUAAUGAUCUGGGACACACGGUCCAACAACACAUCUAAGCCCAGCCAUGCGGUGGACGCCCACACAGCAGAGGUCAACUGUCUCUCCUUCAACCCCUACAGCGAGUUCAUCCUGGCCACAGGCUCUGCUGACAAGACAGUUGCACUCUGGGAUCUGCGUAAUCUCAAAUUAAAGCUCCACUCCUUUGAGUCGCACAAGGAUGAAAUAUUCCAGCAGGUGCAAUGGUCCCCUCAUAACGAAACCAUUCUGGCUUCCAGCGGCACAGACCGAAGGCUCAAUGUCUGGGACCUCAGUAAAAUUGGAGAGGAACAGUCUGCUGAGGACGCAGAGGACGGACCUCCAGAACUUCUGUUCAUCCACGGAGGGCACACAGCGAAGAUCUCUGACUUCUCAUGGAACCCCAACGAGCCGUGGGUGAUCUGCUCUGUGUCAGAGGACAACAUCAUGCAGGUCUGGCAAAUGGCUGAGAACAUCUAUAAUGAUGAGGAACCAGACACCCCUGCUUCAGAACUGGAGGGUCAAGGGUCAUAACCAGCUACUCCACACCCAACCUAGCCUAACCUGGCCCAACCAACCCCCUCAUCCUGGUGGAUCUGUCUCCUCUUGUACAGCAUUUCACAUUGUAAUCAUGUAUCUUUAUCUUUACCUGGCAGACAUCCAAAGUCUGCUUGCCAUGUCAGAAAUAUUCCUCUGGAUUUGGUCUCCGAUAAAGAUACUGGCUAUAGCAACCCAGGAAGGCAGCCUGUGUUGAUUACCAUAGGAGGCACAGGCAGAUCUAGGAUCAGACAACCAUAAAGGUACAAACAAAUUGCAUUUGUCAAUGUCUGAUAAAGAACCGUUUGUUAUAAAUGGAGUUUAAUCUCAUCUUAGUAAAAUGGCACCAAACCAUGCUGGUGGACAGUCUCCUACAACAAAUGCACUUGUUUAAAGCAGGGCUUAUUUCCCACCUGUCUAAAUAAGGAUUUUAUUUGUUAUUGUUACAGCUAUGACAUUCAGGCAGGUGGCUAAAUCAUUUUGAACCUUGAUGCGUUUUUGUUUUGUGCAUAUAAACCUGACAAAUUGCAAUAAAAAAUUAACAUUUUGUAACUUUUA